CGAUGACGUCAAGGGCAUGCGGGGCGCGCGCUGGGUGGUCGUUGCGGCCGCCGGGGGCGCAAAGGCUGGGCCUUUUCUGUCAGCACAAAUGUUGGCUUGUGGAGGGCAGAGCCACCUGCCUCCUUCUUCCCGCGAGUCCCGACGGCUCGGAAUCCCAACUUCCUGAGCACCGGCCGGACCGCAGCGCAGCUGCAGCAGCAGCGGAGGACGCAGAGGGAAGAAUUAAAUUUUUCAUCUAUAACUUGGAAGCUAAGUUAAUAACACAAUGAAGCCAGCAAAUCUCUUGCCAGGCACUAGUAACAAGUUGCCAGACAUUCCAGAACUCACUUAUAAAAGAGGCCAGCUUAAGUCACCAUCAUUACCUAAAACAAAAGAAAAACAUAGUGCAAAAUUUGUACAAAAUAAAACUGAACCAAUGAUCCUACAGUCUCCACCAACUGCAGAAUCUAUUUUACGGUAUGCUUUGCCUAUCCCAUCAAGUAAGACAAAUGAAUUAGUGGGAGAAGAUGAAGUGAACAGGAUUAUCAAACAUCUGAAGAUGGUUGUUUCUACUUUGGAAAAAGCCUAUGGAUUUAGCUUUGAAAAUGCAGAACUAGUAGUGAAGCCUGAACAGGAAGACUUAUCUGUAUCUGUUGGGGAUGACAUGAAUUCGUUCUUGGUUUGUUGCUCCCAGUUUGCGGCUCAGCUAGAAGAAGCAGUUAAGGAAGAACACCAUAUUUUGGAAUCUUUGUUCAAGUGGUUUCAGCGACAAGUCAAUCAAAUGGAGGAGAUAAGUAAAGACCAUAAUAUUUCAGAAGAAGAUCUUCCAGCACCUGAUAAGUCUAUCACAGCAAACAUUUCACAAGUAGUAAAGUUAAUGCAAAAACUCCAUGCACUGAGACAUUACUUCACAGAUGGGGCCAAGUACUCCUUGAAAUCCAUGAUGCCUAUGCCAGUGAGGGAUGAAGAAAAGCCAUCAAAAAAGGUGGAUAGCUAUGAAUCUGUGGAGCAGCAAAUUAAAGAAUUCAUAAAAACCCACUCAACUGAAGAAUCUGUAGAUGUUUCUGCAACAGAACCACCAGCUGCUUCUUCAAUGACUAGUCAAGUGAAUGAAAUGUUGAAAAUAUUUGAAAAACAGGCAAAUGAGUUGGAGAGAGCUAAGAAUGAUCAAAGUUUGUUAGAGGCUAAAUGCAAACAAAUGCAAAGUGAUUUUGAAUCAUUAUUAGAGGAGAAAUCAGUGAUGGAAAAUGAAUUACAAAAGUUGAAGGAUACAGAGAAAAGUACACAGAAAACAAAGCCAACACAUGAUCAAACAAAGAAAACGGUUAAAACUGAGAAGAAAAAAGACAAAGAAAAAUUGGAGGAUUCUGAACAGAAGACGACUGUAGCCCAACAGCUUAAAAUGAAAGAAGAUUUGCUUCAAGUCCAGAAAGUAGCAGAUGAUCUGAAAAUUGAGAACAAAGCACUUCAGGAACAACUUAAGCAGGCAUUACUGGAAGCUGAAAGAACUAAGCGUCAGCUUAAUGAUGCCCUAAGCCAAGGGGCAGAAUUUAAUAAAAGGGAUCAGAACAACAGAAUAGUGGAAAUGGGCAUGGAUAAAAUAAAAGCUACCAGUAAAAUAAAUUCACAUGGACAAAAGACAAAUGAUAAAGUUCAAGAAUAUCCACAGACCUCAGCUGUCCAAAGUCAAAGACCAAUUGAAGAAAGAUCCUAAUAGAAUUUCUGAAAUACUUUGGAAAAGUAUCCCAACCUUCAGAGAGUGGAUGGGAGCGAAGUAAGGAGACCCCACCUGAGCAGACACCUGGUAUUGGUUACAAUAAAGUACAAGUUUUGCGCUU